CUUAGUCUGAAAAAGUAGGCAUUUUUCUAUUUAUAAAUUGUCUGCUAACAUAUCUUGAACCUUUUUUUAUUAUUAUUCCUUGAAACAUGUUUGGUUAAUAAUACUUGUAACAUUACAAGUUGAAAAAUUAAAGGGAAAAAAAACAUUACAAAAAUAUCUUAAUAAAAGCAGGCACCAGAUUUAACUGCCAAAACAUUUGUGCAAUCUCUCCUGGCUCACUGCCGACAGUCUCACAGGGCAGCCAGUCUGUUACUAAUCAAAACCAACUGGUUGAAGCCUUUACCCAGCUAGCGGGCGACAGGAGAAUGGAGAAAAGAGAAGGAUGGCCGAAGAAAAAGAAGAGCUUGCAGGAAAGGGUAAAUGGUGCUCUUUGAAUCAGUGAGCAGAGAGUGCACAUUAGAGGAGGGUGGAGUGAAUAAACGUGUAGAAGUGUGUUUGGUGAGUCUCAAGGAGGAGGGGGGGCUCCACGGAUGUGAUUCAUGCUCCCUGUCAAAACUGAAGGGGAGGGAACCUGAUGAGGACAGAACAGAAGAGAUCAGGGAGGGUGGGGAGUCGGAAAAAAAAAAAAAAAAGGAAAGAAAAAGGCCGGCCUCUCUUACACCACCCCGACUAUUUGGGACUCGGCGUCAGCAAAAACAUAAUGUGAUCAAGAUGGAAGUUGCAGCUUUGGCUGCUUCCUGGUUUUCUGCCUUCCUUUGGGGGUUUCAGUGGCUGUCCAACAACUCCAGGGUGAAGAUGUGGACUGGAGACUUGAAAAUCCCUCGCACUGGUCUAGAUUAGGAUCUUUUCACAGAUGAAAUAUGUCAAAUCGCUUGGAAAGACAUGGAUUCAUAUUUCUCGAGCUUGGAUGAAAUGCUUUCGGGGGAUGAAUGAACCGGCGGCUCAGGAGACGUCUCUGGAUGACUGUAAGAUGACUGUCAAAUUAACAGAUGUGCUUCAGGGAUUUAUUGUGGGAUAGAACUGGCUCUCCAUCAUGCCGGUAGCCAUAAGGAAAAGAAGCUGGGAAGAGCAGGUAACUCAUCCAUCAGGACUGCAGUACAGCUACGACGACCUGGAUCUGGUCUGCUGUCAUGGAGUUGACAGUGAUGGCCCUGGGAUUGGAUCUGGGGAUUUGAAACAAGGUAGACGAGCGAGGUGUGCCUCAAUGCCAGAGGGCUGCCACCAGCUGUACACAAAUAACCAUGCAGAGUCCCUCAUGGGUGAAGCUUCCACUGACAAAGAUGUUACUGAGUCAGAAGAGUUAACACUGACCAGAAAGAAUGAAAAAGCUCCUCAGGGUUUGCACGAGUCAGUCAACGGCUCUCACAAACCGGACUCACAAUCACAGCUUCUGGUAACCACAAACACUGGAACGUCUGAAGCCUUUUGCUGUAAAUUUAACAGGACACUUACUAGUGCAAACAGCUCAGUUGAUACCAAAUGUCUGAGGGAGAACAUUUUCUGUCCUGGAAGUGUUGCUUGUCCACAAAACAGCCAAUGUCACAUCUGCAACUGCGAAUAUGUCUUUAAAAGUCCACAUAUCUGUCAUGAAGAGCAACAAUGCAUCUCUAUCUCCUCAAACAAUAGGCCUGCAUUGUGUGGUUGUGCUUGUGAACUGCCUGGCGAACUUCCAGACUACCGGGAAACAAAAGAGAGCCAUACAGAGGGUUACAGCGGACCUCCUGAAAUCUCUCGGGCCACCCUAAACCCGUGCUCUGUGCCUGAACUCAGACCUCCCGCUAACUGCCCAGAUGUGGUCGAGGGGAAGAUUUCCACCUCUGACCGAGCUGGAGCUGGUGGACCGCUUGCUGUUGUGCUGCACAGUUUGGGUAACGAGACAGAGUGCGGUGAUGCAAUGUCAACAAACAAAACAAUGGACUCGCUUGUGAAUUUAGUUGUAAAUGGGGAGUGUGCUGAAGAAGGAGUUGAUGGCUGGAGCACAAAUUCAGCUGACGAGCUGGACGGAAUGAAUGACUCAGCAAUUCGACAAGCAAACACAGGACUUGAUCAUCACUCAAGAGAAGUUGAAGGGACUCUGGAUCAAUGCAGUGUCAUUGGGUCGUUGGAUCGUGACAAAGGUUGUAAGGUGCUUAACCAGACCCCGAUGAAGCAACAUGAUGUGGAAGUGGCUACCGAGAGCUUCUCUGAUGGAGAGGAAAGUGCAAAAGAAGGCAACAAGGAGGCAACGUUGGUUAGUCAUGAUCUGUCAGAAUUGUCUCACGAUGGAAUGAACAGACAGUGUUGCUCUUUGACAGAAACUAUGUCAUCUGAUCAACUGAGGUCUGAACAUUUACCUGUAGACCUUGAAAACACUGGGCAUAGUGCAAAUGAGAAAUCAUCAAUUGAAAAUUGUAGUCCUCAGAAAUUACCUAAAAACUUGAGAGUUGGUGAGGACUAUACAGAAAACUGCAGUUCCAAACUGGAUACAAUACCAGAGAUCGCCUUUGUGGAUGAAUUAAAUGUUCUGAAGUCUGAAAUAAAUACAGACGCUCAUUUUUUUACCCAAAUUCCAACUCAGUUUUCCCAUCUGGAUGAUGAGCAUAAGGCUCCUGGAAACCCGGCACUAUCCUCUAAAGAGGUCAGUGGGAGCAUCCAUGGCAACCAAGCCUGUUGCUUGAGUGAGUCACCUGCUGCAGAGGUGACAGAUGGUCACAGCGAACACUGCAGACCAGAGGCCACAGUUUCCACAAGGAAGGAGGCGGAUGAGACUCUGAGCGACGUCCAGCUGAAAAGCUCAGUUUGGGAUGGAACGACGGAGACCGGGGAUAACAAAGAGGACAACAUGGUCAAAGUGCGCAUGAGAAAGCGGGAGCAUGCUCGUUUGGACUCAAUGGUGCUUCUGCUGAUGAAGCUGGACCAGCUGGACCAAGAAAUUGAAAAUGCACUCAUUGCAACCUCUUCCGUGAACAGGACCCCCAAUAUCCAUCGACGGCAACGCCUGGAGGCGGAUGCAGCAGCUUCACAAGCUCUCCCACAUCCACAUGUUCCUCUCUCCUCAGAAUCUGCAGCAUCCUAUGAUGGGAAACCUGAAAAUGGGAGUGCCUUGGUGUUUCCUGAAAAAGAAAAAGCUGAGAUUGAAGCCAAAGAGGCCUGUACUUGGCUCCGAGCUGCAGGGUUCCCACAGUACGCCCAACUUUAUGAAGAUGCCCUGUUUCCCAUCGACAUUUCUUCAGUCACCAGAGACCACGACUUCCUCGAUCGUGAUGCCAUUGAGGCUCUUUGCAGGCGGCUAAAUACCCUCAACAAGUGUGCUCUAAUGAGUCUGGAUCUGUCCCCACAAAGAAAAAGAAGUGAGGAUUCAGAUGAGGACGAACCUUGUGCCAUUAGCGGCCGCUGGACCUUCCAGAGGGACAGCAAGCGCUGGUCACGGAUGGAGGAUUUGGAGGUUUUUUCUGAGUUACCAGCAGAUGCUACCCAACCCUCGUUUCCCAAGGACCAAGUAUCUCAGAAAGGCAAGCUGGGUUUGCGUGAAGGCAACAGUUCAGAGAGUGUGCUCACGGAUCUCAGUGAGCAACCUGAAGUGGGCUCCAUCCAUAGCAGCGGUAGUGGAGGAAGAGGAGAGGAGAAGGGUCACGCUGCAGCCUUGCUAAAUGAAGCAAUCCCUGAUGGCGCCAUUCGUGCCAAUUCAGUGGCCAGCAUGUGUUCCUCUUCUGGCACAGGCGGGUCAGGAGGAGCCAAUGAAGACUCUUUGUCUGAUGGGCUACCUCCGUCACCCCUGGAGUCGCUUCGACAGUUCACCUUUGAUGUGAGUACAGGAAUGGUCGGAGGAAGUCUUGACCGAGGAGGAGACAGCGGCAAAAGUACCCGCUCUAGGGCUAAAAGCUUCCUCAAGAGGAUGGAGAGUCUGCGGCUUCGCAGCAGCGCCACCUCCAAGAGAAAGAAGAAGGCCAGCCCCACUGGCGGAAAGAUCGAAAUUAGCGGUCCUGUUAUCAAGGAAGGUCUUGAUGACGACAAACUCAGAAAGCUUAACUGUGUGGACAUCUCAAGCAUCAACCUGAAUAACCAGCGCAAUCCCACUCAGACGAUGACUCUUAACCGGAAUCGCUCUGUAUCUUACUCCACUCAGACCAGCAACGGAAGCACUGGCAGCACAGGGAGCAGCCAGUCUGAAGCCAGCAGCGGGAGUGCGGUGAGCACUCCGAGCCCCGUCACUCGAGCUCGCAGCCAUAGCACGGCAGCAGGUUUCAGUAAAAGAGGAGGGAUGUAUCUGGAAGGAUUCGAUCCUUUCAGUUUUCUCCAACAAGCCCCAGACCGGCAGCAGUCUCUGCCCAAGUCCGCCCCGCCCGUCCCCUGCCAAUCCAGCAGCGGGAUGUCGAGCGAUGAACAGAACUGCAGGAGUGUUCCAGACAAGAUCAGACCAGAAGAAGACGAGGAAGACGAUGAUGAGGACGAGGGGGGCAUGAUAUUUUUUUAUCUGCCAGAGGGCCACAAGCCUGGAACUUUCCCCAAAGCCUUGCAUGAUGGGAGUUCGCGUAACAACAACGGAAAUGAGAAUGGGAACCCUGUGGUCCUCAGGGGGCGACAGAGUAGAAGGCAACGUCAUGGCUCUUUGGGCUCUGUUGACAAUCGCCUCAGCUUCUAUGACAACGUCCCCUACACUGAGAGAGAGGAGGAAGACGGCGAUGAACACAAACUGGAGGAAGUGUUGCAACGCGUCAGUGGCCUGCAGCGCUUCGUCAACGCCUGGUCGGAAGCUGUAGCCUGUGAAGAGGAGGAGGAGGACGAUGAUGAGGAGGAGGACGGAGAUUCUGAUUCAGCGCUGGAUUCCGCCUCCCCUUGCCCGUCAUCCCCAUUGCAGAACAGACUGGAGGAGACAGAGAAUGGAAGCGACCAAGACAGCACGGGAAACCCUCUGGGUGAAGCAGAAGAAGGGAUGCGUGAGAGGAGGGACUCCGGAGUUGGAGCAUCACUCACUCGAACCAGCAGACCACAAAAACUUCGCUGGCCGAGCUUCCAGAACUCCCAUCGACCCAGUUUGGCCUCUGCCCAGCUCCAGAUUAGCUGCCAGUCGGUGCUGCAGAUGAAUCUGCUGCAGAAGCUUUCCCUCCUGCAGCUCACCGCGCUGCUGGAGAAACACACCCCAACGAACAAACAUGGCUUCAGUUGGGCUGUACCAAAGUUUAUGAAGCGGAUCAAGGUGCGUGACUACAAAGACAGGAACGUGUUUGGUGUUCCACUGCAAUUCAUCGUCCAGCGGACUGGCCAGCCUCUCCCACAAGGAAUACAACAAGCCAUGCGCUAUUUGCGCAACAAUUGUCUUGACCAGGUGGGUCUUUUCAGGAAAUCUGGAGUCAAAUCUCGCAUCCAGGCUCUUCGGCAGAUGAACGAGGCGAGCGGCGCCGAUGGGUGCGGAGUCAACUACGAGGGCCAGUCAGCGUAUGACGUUGCUGACAUGUUGAAGCAGUAUUUUAGGGACUUACCCGAACCGCUGUUCACGAGUAAACUGUCAGAAACCUUUCUUCAGAUCUAUCAGUACAUGCCUAAAGAGCUCCGUCUUCAAGCUACCCGCGCUGCGGUGCUGCUUCUACCAGAUGAGAACCGAGAAGCGCUCCGCACGCUGAUGUGUCUGCUCAGCGACGUCACGGCGAGCGUCGCCGAGAACCAGAUGACUCCCACCAACCUGGCUGUUUGCCUGGCGCCGUCACUCUUCCAUCUCAACACACUGCGGCGGAAGGAGAGCUCCUCACCGAGGGUGAUGAACCGAAAGCAGACUUUGGGGAAGCCUGAUCAGAGGGACCUGAACGAGAACCUGGCUGCCACCCACGGCCUGACGCACAUGAUCCAGGAGUGCAGGAAGCUCUUCAGGAUCCCCGAAGAAAUGAACCGCUGCAGGAACUCAUAUGUGGAGCAGGCUCUUCUGCCAAAACGAUUGGAGGAGCUGGGAGGUGAAGCCAAGCGAGGAAGUGUCCUGCAGGAAAGCUUAGACACGCUCCUGAAAGAGGCCAAAGACAAGUUUAGAGGUUACGACAGCUGCUCCACUCCUGAACACGUCGAGCUGGCCUACAGGAAGGUUAAUGAUGGUUUUCCACUGCGGCAGUGGAAAGUGACCGUAGAGAUCCAUGCCAGUCCCGAGGACAUUCUGACUCGAGUGCUGAGGGAGCAGGGCCAGUGGGACGAGGACCUGCUGGAGAGCCGAGUCGUGGAAACCCUCGACCAGCGGACGGAAGUCUACCAGUACGUCAGGAACGCCAUGGCUCCACAUCCCACAAGAGACCACGUAGUGCUCAGGACUUGGGUGACAGACCUGCCAAAGGGAGCGUGUGCACUCGUGAGUUCAUCCGUGGAUCACGGCGGGGCGCCGGUGGUGGGCGUCCGGGCCAACGUCCUCACCUCACGCUACUUCAUAGAGCCUUGCGGCACCAACAAAUCCCGACUCACACACAUUUCCAGAAUUGACUGCAGGGGUCGUUUCCCAGAGUGGUACAAUAAGCUUUACGGACACUUGUGCGCCGCUGAGGUGGCGCGGAUCCGGGAAUCCUUUUCCGUGCCCAUGGACAAAUAGUAGAGCGGCACGCCAUUGGGACUGGAAUGCUUCGUUUCAACAAAACACAGAUGAAGUGGAAGUCUCUUUAUCCUUCAAUAAACAUGAACCAGGACUGAAGGAGCUGUUUUCGUCAAAACAGACUGCUUUUACUUUUAAAAGUGGGACUGCCAAGAGGACUAACCGAACCAUCUGGGCCUCAGGACGUUGCGUUUCUGACACAGGACGUUUUGCCUCAGACUUAAUUUAAAACGGGGAUUAUCGCUUCUGAGAAGCAAAGGGGAUCUCAAGUGGGAGCGAUGGAGGGGAAAAGCCAAAAAACAUAUAUCUAAAUAAAUAAGUAAAUAAAAAUGUAUGGAUUGUUGUUGUUGUUGUGGUCCCCCCCAGGAGAUGAAUAAUAUGUACAUAUACUGUAGGUCGUUGUCCGCUUUGUGUUACCUCCGUCCCCUUCUCUGUUACAGCAAAGCACAGGAAGAAAAGGAGACGUUAUUAUAGCGAGCUGAUAGACAAAUCUAGGGGUGUCGAAAGAUGCGAAUGUGCUGGUAGUUUGCAGACUGAGUGAGGUCAAUAAACAGGAUAUCAUGGGAUGACAGGUGGCCUAUAGCACACAGGGUUUUAGUGUUUCGGCGUGAAGGCAGAGGAGCAUUGGUGGCUGGCUCACCAAAAUGAAAAGACUGAUCAAAGAGAGGACAUAAUUGACUGACAGACAAAUAAAAGGUCAAAUCUAUUUCAGCCAACCUCAUUGAAUAGAGGUUGACUGGGAUUCAACAUUGUAAAAAAAACAAAUAAUUGGACCAAAUGAAUACAGUAUGGACAGUUUUUCAAUAAUAUGCUUAAAGCACAGCAUAUUUUUUUGGCCAAACACCUUUUAUUUAAUUAAAAAAAAAGAGCAAAAGUUCUGAUUGCUUUUCUAUCAAACAAGCACACUAUUUCUCUCUGCGUGAAAAGGUAAAAAAAGUCGAGGUCCUUUUAUAAAGGUGGGGAUUUUACAGGUUUUACUGUAUAGAGGAGGGCAGACUGAAUGUGUGGAUUUAAAGGAAGGACAAAUUUUCUUGUGUUUUUGACUCGGAUCACAUUCCUUUGGCUGUAACAGUUGUGCUUUUCAUGUUGAGUGUAUCAUAAAUUCACUAAACCGUUGUUCACAUGUUUCUAGCUGUAACUGUGUCUCUGCCAAAUAAUAAUGCAUGACAAUGACAGUUAAUUUAAAGCAAAUAUAUUUAUACCUCAGAUAUACGUUUUGUUUUUUAUUGUAUCAUUUAUUUUAUUGUAUUGUACACGUUAAACUCUGUGUUACAAAAAAGUUUUAUCUUUUUUAUUAAUAUUAUUUCUGUACAGGUUAAUCAAAAAUGCACUAUUAAAUGUAUUAAACUAA